AGGCGCAAGCUUUCAUUUCCCAAUCCUCACCUCCUCACAACAACCCGCUUCCGCAAUUCGUUGCCUGCCAUGGCCGACGACUUCGACGAGGACAUCUUUGACGAUCUCUACGAUGAGGAACCACAAGCUGCACCCGCCGCUUCCGCAGUCAAAACUGAGCCCGAACCCUCCGCUGUGAAGCUGGAGGAUGUUGCGCCCCCCGUUCAAGAAGCCAGCGACGCCGCUCCUAUCAAGGAUGAACCCGUCGAGGAGCAUGAGGAUUCGAACAUGGGUGGUGCCACCUGGAACGGAAACGACAACAGCCAUCAAAUGCAGGGUAAUGCGCAAGGUGGCGAUGACGGUUAUGGUCCGAUCAACGUCAAAGAAGAUGGAAAAAUGUUCAUCGGUGGAUUGAACUGGGAAACAACAGAAGAUUCACUCAAAGGAUAUUUUUCUCAAUUUGGUGAAGUCAGCGAUUGCAGUGUCAUGCGUGAUAAUGCCACCGGCCGGUCUCGAGGCUUCGGUUUCUUGACGUUCAAAGAUCCCAAGUGCGUAAACACUGUCAUGGUGAAAGAGCACUAUCUGGAUGGAAAAAUCAUUGAUCCUAAGCGAGCGAUUCCGCGCGAGGAGCAAGAACGCACCAGCAAGAUCUUUGUUGGGGGUGUGAGUCAAGAAGCCACCGAAGACGACUUCAAAAACUUCUUCAAGCAGUUUGGCCGGGUCGUCGAUGCCACUUUGAUGAUGGAUAAGGACACUGGCCGCCCUCGCGGUUUUGGAUUCGUUACAUUUGAUGGUGAUGCCGCCGUCGAUGCGUGCCUGUCCGGUCCUCUGCAGAUCCAUGGAAAGCCAAUCGAAGUCAAGCGUGCUCAACCCCGUGGCAACAUGCGCGAAGAGGAGGAAAACAAAAAGUUCGGUCGAGGGAAAUUUGGUAGCCGCGAUGCUGGUGGUCUCAACAAUGGCGGCAAUAAUAACGGCAACGCUGGUUAUGACGCUGGCCAGAACAAUGCCAAUCAGCAGGGUGGUGCGAACGGUUCUAUGACUCCCGCCAUGAUGGCACAGUACUGGCAGCGAAUGCAGCAGUACUUCCGCCAGAUGCAACAAAAUCUCGCAGCCGCUCAAGGUACCCCUGGGAAUGGUAUGCCCGCUCAGAUGGCCAACAUGCCGGCCGGUAUGAAUCCUGCGAUGAUGGGUAUGAUGGGAGGCAUGGGUCAAGGUGGUGGGAUGAACCCCAUGAUGGCCGCCCAAUUCGCCAACAUGCAAGGUGGUAAUGCCUCACCAGGCUUUGGAGGUGACCAAGCAAUGAUGGCUGCUGCCAAUGCUGGACGCUUCAACCCCCAAGAGCAGCACGCCUUUGAACAGCAAAAAUACGAACAGCAGCAACAGCGACGUAUGCAGCAAGCCGGUGGGUAUGGUGGUGCUGGCGGUCCAACUGCAUGGGAGGGAAUGUACGACGAUGCCCCGCAGCCAGCCGGUAUCCCUCAGGGACCUGGUGCCCACCGCAUGCAUGGAGGUAACUUCAAUAAGCACAACGGUCGAGGUCGUCAAGGCUCAAGCCAGCCACCUGCAGGAGCUCCAAAUGCGCCUGCCAACGCCCCAACGGGCCCCAAAAAUGCGGGCAAGCCUGGAGCCAAUUAUCGUGGUGGAGGGAGAGGCGGCGGCAGUUUCCGCCACAAUCCGUACGGAGGACGUGGUUGA